GGAUGGAUGUUAUCACACUCGGAGGGGCGAGUUAAGGAACAUCAGUCCGAGAAAUGCGCUGAAGUGAACAACGCACAGAAUCACUGCUGGAUAACCAUUAGAGCAACGUUAAAGAUGAUACAUGACACAUGGAUUACCUAAACAUUUCUUCUAUUGACUGAAGUUGCAUUUCAAUAGAGAGACAUAUGGUUAGGUUUCAGGACAGUAAGGCGUCUUACUAGAACACACGAGGUCCGUUUUCUUGGAUUUAUUUUAUACUACAAAUUAAAGCAAUGGGAUCUAAAACGGAUCUUGGAUACUGUUUCUUUGUGGCAUUCACAUACUCUCUCAUAUCCAGGUGUCGAACGAAUAUGGGAAAUAAUAUAACAGUUGCGGUGAUGCUUCCCGACAAUUACCACAAGUAUCCCUGGGCUUUGCCUCGGGUUUUCCCAGCAAUUAUUAUGGCGAACGAGAAUCUCCAGAAGAAGCACGGAGUUCUCCAAGGCCACUCAAUUCAACUCUUGAAUUUCAGCACGGAGGAUUCAACCGGUGUCUGCGCAGAAAAUAGGGCACAGAUUAUAGCCGUGGAUACCAAACUUUAUAAUAAACCAGAUGCUUUCUUUGGACCUGGUUGCGUGUAUUCAGUGGCCUCCGUUGGAAGAUUUGCAUCUCAUUGGAAACUCCCAUUGAUAACUGCGGGAGGAACAGCAUAUGGGUUUGUUAACGGGGAUGAGUACAAAACGAUUGUGCGCACCGGACCCUCGACUACAAAAUUGGGAGAAUUUGCUAGUAUUAUUCACGCGCAGUUUAAUUGGACCUCUCGUGCCAUUCUGAUUUUUCACGAUGUGAAAAAAGAUGACCGACCUCACUACUUCCUCUCUGAAGGAAUUUACAUAAUUUUGAAAGCGGAAAAUGUCACAGUUGAUGCCUUGCCAUAUCAAGACUCGCCAAGCUAUUAUAAAGAAAUCAUUACUUUCAUGAAAGACCACGGGAGAAUUGUGUAUAUCUGCGGGCCUCCAGACACGUUUCUGAAUAUCAUGAAGCUUUUCCAGAGUGAGAUCCCAGACCCUGAGAACUACGCCAUCUUCUAUCUGGACGUGUUUGCUGAAAGCCUAACGGAGCGCAAACCCUGGCUGAACAAUGACAGCCUCUGGAUUGAUCCCAUCAAGGUCUUCAAGUCUGUGUUGGUAAUAACAUACAGGGAGCCUGAUAAUCCAGAGUACAAACAGUUUCAAGAUGAGCUCCACAUUAGAGCUCAGAAGGACUUUGAUGUGAACAUUGAACCCUCUCUGAUGGAUUUCAUCGCUGGCUGCUUCUAUGAUGGCUUUGUGAUGUAUGCUAAGGCCUUGGAGGACACGCUAGCUGAGGGGGGCUCCCAGAACGAUGGAAUCAGCAUCACACAGAAGAUGCAAAACCUGCGAUUCUGGGGGGUUACAGGACUUGUGACCACAGACAAAAACAAUGCCAGGAACACUGAUUUUAACCUCUGGGCAAUGACAAACCAGGAAUCUGGAGAGUAUGGGCUUGUGGCCCAUUACAAUGGAACUAACAAAGAGAUCAUCUGGUCCUCAACGGAGAGGAUUCAUUGGCCCAAAGGAAGCCCACCUCUGGAUAACCCACCGUGCGUCUUUUCUUUUGAUGACCCCACCUGUGCUGAUGUAUUUUCAGCUCAUCUUCCAGUGCUGGGGAUUGUAGCUGUCGGGUCUGGCUUAGCCCUCAUCAUUUUUGGAAUCUCCAGCUUCCUCAUUUACAGGAAACUGAAGCUGGAAAAGGAGUUGGCUGGAAUGCUGUGGAGGAUAAAGUGGGAGGACCUGCAGUUUGAGAGCCCCAACAAAUAUUCCAAAAAAGCAGGCAGUCGUCUCACCCUCUCACAGGAUACUUGUUACUCCUUCCAGAGAGGCUCCAGCUACGGCUCCUUGAUAACUGCCCAUGGAAAAUAUCAGCUAUUUGCUAAAACAGGCUAUUUUAAGGGCAACCUGGUGGCCAUCAAACAUAUGAACAAGAAGAGGAUAGAGCUGACCAGACAAGUGCUGUUUGAACUCAAACAUAUGAGAGAUGUGCAGUUCAACCAUUUAACCAGAUUCAUUGGUGCCUGCAUUGAUCCUCCCAACAUCUGCAUCGUGACUGAAUAUUGUCCCAGAGGCAGUCUUCAGGACAUUUUGGAGAAUGAGAGCAUCAAUCUGGACUGGAUGUUCCGCUAUUCGCUCAUCAACGACAUAGUCAAGGGAAUGAACUAUCUGCACAACAGCUACAUCGGCUCCCAUGGAAAUCUGAAGUCAUCUAAUUGUGUGGUGGACAGUCGAUUUGUGUUGAAAAUUACAGAUUACGGACUGGCCAGUUUCCAUUCAUCAUGUGAAAAUGACGACUCGCACGCACUCUAUGCAAAGAAGCUGUGGACGGCCCCAGAGUUGUUGAUCUACGACAGACACCCUCCACAGGGCACCCAGAAAGGAGAUGUGUACAGCUUUGGCAUCAUACUCCAGGAGAUAGCCCUGAGGAAUGGACCCUUCUAUGUGGAGGGCAUGGAUCUGAGCCCCAAAGAGAUAGUGCAGAAGGUGCGUAAUGACCAGAGUCCUUACUUCCGGCCCACCACAGACAACAGCUGCCACUGUGAGAAGCUGACCAUCCUGAUGGACAGCUGCUGGGCCGAAGACCCCGUCGAGCGGCCAGACUUCAGCCACAUCAAGAUCUACAUCACCAAACUCAACAAGGAGGGCAGUACCAGUAUUCUGAACAACCUGCUGUCCAGGAUGGAGCAGUACGCCAACAACCUGGAGAACCUGGUAGAGGAACGAACGCAAGCCUACCUGGAGGAGAAAAGAAAAGCCGAAAAUCUACUUUACCAGAUCUUGCCACACUCAGUAGCAGAGCAGCUAAAGCGAGGGGAGACGGUCCAAGCAGAGGCGUUUGACAGUGUGACAAUCUACUUCAGUGACAUUGUGGGUUUCACGUCAAUGUCAGCUGAGAGUACACCACUGCAGGUUGUGACAGUGCUGAAUGAUCUCUACACUUGCUUUGAUGCUAUCAUCGAUAAUUUUGAUGUGUACAAGGUGGAGACCAUUGGUGAUGCGUACAUGGUGGUGUCAGGGCUUCCAGUCAGGAAUGGUAAACUACACGCAAGGGAGAUAGCUGGGAUGUCUUUAGCCUUACUAGAACAAGUGAAAACAUUCAAGAUUCGUCACAGACCCCAAGACCAACUACGGCUAAGGAUAGGAAUCCACACAGGGCCUGUCUGUGCUGGGGUGGUGGGUCUGAAAAUGCCCAGAUAUUGUUUAUUUGGAGAUACUGUCAACACAGCGUCUCGGAUGGAGUCGAAUGGAGAGGCCUUGAGGAUCCACCUCUCCUCAGCAACCAAAGAAGUGCUGGAUGAGUUUGGCUAUUUUGAACUCCAAGAAAGAGGGGAGGUAGAAAUGAAGGGCAAAGGCAAAAUGAGAACCUAUUGGCUUGAGGGGGAGAAGACUGAUGUGUACGUUAUCUGAGAGGCCUGCUGAUAGCGUGUACCCACAGUGGAGCCAACCACAGAGGCUACACAGUGGCACAGUCAGCCAAUGCUUUAUUUGUUCUAGAAUAAUGCCUAAAGGUGAUUCCCUCCCCAAAAGCGGAACAACAAUAUUUACUGAAUUAGGCCUUUUUGGAAAAGAAGGGAUGUUUAAUGGUAUGUUUAUAAUACCUGUGUACGGUUACUGCCCCAAAAAUGGUAAGAUGUUUUGUAUGGAGAAUCUUUCUGUCCUGAGAUUGAGUACUUUCUAUAUUAAGAUUUGUAUAAUGUGUUUGGAAGUCAAUUCUGUAUUAAUAUUUCCAUACAGCGUUCAUAACGGAUGGGCACACAGUGUAAUAGAUGUCAAUGCAGAGGUCCGAGUUCCACAGUGGUGUUAUAGAGUACAAGAUGAUAUAUGUAUUUCCAAGAUAUUGUAAGAUAUUUUGUUCAAUAAACUGAGUACAAUACAA